AAGUUUAUAUACCCUCAAAUCUGAUUCAAACUAGAUAAUUAUUCCCCUACUACCUGAUGAUAAAAAACACUAAAAACGAUUCGGGAAACCGGAUUGAGCCGAAAUCCAAAUUCAGCCCCAAUCUUGUAAAUAUUGGAAGCUUAUGGCAGCUCGAACUGACCCAAAAAUCUAACCCAACCCAGCGAACUUGUUUUCUCCUGAUCUCAACCAACUGUACAAGUUUAGUGCGUUUUCCUCGUCGCUUUCUCUCUCUGCAGAAAUAAUAAAAAUUUAUAAAAGAAAUUUCCUAAUGUGUCUGCACUUUUCAGGGCGACAAACGCUCUCUCCAAUUCUAAGCUUGAGCUGACCGCCCUCCACAAAUCUAACCCAACUUUCUCGCUUCACUUCUUUAACCUGUUAACAUUGCAAUUUGGGUUGAACUUACCAAGUGACUGCUUUUUAUUUUCCUCAAUUUUGAACGUGGGUAUUUUUCACACUUCCCAAAUUGCCUAGUCCCCCCGCCCUCUAAUGGAGUCGAAGGCAGGGACGACGGAAACCAGAUCCAACAUAACGGCGUCGGACGGGGAGCAAGUUGCGGCACUCGAAUCGCUACAAUUUACAGACGAAUUCCACCGUUUAAUCUUGGCUCCGACAUCUGACAAUGCGACUUCUCUCACGGCUCUUCUUGAACUCCCGGCUUCACGAGCCCUUGAGCUUCUUCACUCUCCGGCUUCGGCUAAGCUUAUCGCUGCUCCGGCUCCCAGCUUUGAAGCUUUAAAAGGAAACUUUCUUUUUCCUUCUAAUACCACUUUGAUUGAUCAAGCUGCGAGGUCCUCUGUGUUUGCUGGAGGGGUUAACAACACCAAUAACAAGAGCAACGCGCCUGAAACGACGUCGAACAAUUCAACCUUGAAUCUUGAGAAAGCAGUGAAGAGUGAGCCGGCGGAGACCGAGUCAUCUCAGCCGUUGGUUUCUGAUCCAGCGGUGGAGAAGCGGAAUUUCAAGAGAAAGGAUCACGAAAAGAAGGCUAAAGGCUCAACGAAGAAAAGCAAAACUGCGGCGAAUGAUAGCUCAGUUGGCCCUGAAAAGCUGCCCUAUGUUCACGUUAGAGCUCGCCGGGGAGAAGCAACGGAUAGCCAUAGCUUAGCAGAGAGAGCAAGGAGAGAGAAGAUUAAUGCACGAAUGAAGCUACUACAGGAGUUGGUACCUGGUUGCAAUAAGAUUUCUGGUACAGCUUUGGUGUUGGAUGAAAUCAUCAAUCAUGUGCAGUCCCUACAAAAUCAAGUGGAGUUCUUAUCAAUGAGACUUGCUGCUGUGAACCCGAGAAUUGAUUUCAAUCUCAACAGUAUAUUCACAACAGAAAGUGGAUCUCUACCAGACAAUAAAUUCCCCAGUAUGGUUAUGCCUCUAAUAUGGCCUGAGGUUCAAGUCAAUGGCAACAAACAACAGCAUCAGCAGCAAUGGCAAUUUGAUGCACUUCAGCAGCCUGUUUGGGGGAGAGAAGUCUGCAAUAAUUAUAUCACUCCAGAGAACUCACUUUUAAGUUAUGACUCCUCAGCAAAUUCAGCAACGUUGCAUGCAAAUCAAACUGAAAAUGGAGCUAUGAAGUCUGAAGAAGUUCCAACGGUUAGACUUGUGGAAAGAUUGUUGUAGUUGUAGCUAGUGUUGUAUAUAUAUCAAAUAUUAGAAAAUAGCAGGAAGUAAAGGAGAGACUCCUAUCAUUUAUCUCUUGGUUUCCAUGUCAUAUAUUUACUCAGAGUUGGUUGGAAACCUUGGGACUUCUCAGGACCAGAGACAAGAAAGUCUCAGUAUGCUGUUACUAUUAUUAUUAUAUAUAUAUAUAUUAAUUACUAUAUAUACUAAACUCAAAA